AUGGUCGCCUCGACUGCUGCUGCCGGGCUGCCUGCCACUGCUACCCUUGAGGCACUGGCAGCCGCCUCCCAGAAUACCAUUCCUGGCGGCCGGGGCCCCUUUCCCACUCUCACCAGGGAGCACAGGGUGCGUUGCCUCCUGGUGCUGGCCUCACCCCACGUGGGAGCCUACGUGUGGGUGUUGGCGUGGGUGGCGGGGCCCAUGGCCGUAGUGGCGGCCUCUAAGAUGUUUGGAAAGGUGGUGUUCUUCCUGGCAUCAGAGGCCGCUGGAGAGGGACUUUGCGGCAGGUGCAGGUUCAAGUUCCGCCGGCGGCACGCCUUGACCCGGCUGGCCAGCCCCCCUCUUCGGGGAGCUGGGAGCUUGUGCGGGGGAGACGCCGCAAGCGGGGAGCGCGGUCCCAGUAUCCCCCCCUCGUUGGUGGUUGCCCCUGUUUUGGCCUCUGCAAUGCCCCCGGACCUGACCACCUGCCUGGCCACAACUUUUAGUCUGGCAGACGCCACCAUGCCCAUUGUGGCAGCGGCCGACACUAAGCGGCCGGGCUCUGAGCCCAUGGAUCCUCGCGAGUGCCCGAUCCUGGGUGGAGACUUCAACUGCACCCUCGAGGAGAGGGACUGCACGGGGAUCGAGCCGAGCCCGGCCGCUGCAGACAUCCUCAGGGAGAUUGUAGUCUAUCACUCCCUGGUGGACGUCUGGUGUCAGGUCUUUCCUUUCCUGGAGUGGAAUUCUGCAAUUAUCCUGCUCCUAGACCAGGUCCUGGGCCAUGAUGCCCUGUGUAUCAACUGUGCUUACCCAUCAGGCCAGCUGGUUUGCUUCCGAACCGUGCCACGGGACCAUCUUUACACGCUCAUGCUCCACACUCUUCACUUCACCACCCUCCUGUCCUGCCUCAACACCAAGUGGUGGGACCUUCUUCCAGCUGUAAAGGGGUUUCCUGUUUCCAAACCUGAUGUGGUCUUCCAGCUGGAAGGAGGGGAAGAGUUGUGGGUCCUGAAUCUCCAGAGUUCAGAUGAAAGAGAGAUCCUAAGAGAUCCCUGCACAGAUGAGGAAACAUUAAACCAACCCAGAAUCUUAGGUUAUGGGAUGGUGGGCAAGAAAAAGAAGCAGAAUCCUCAGCAGGAAGAUGCUGAGCAAGUGCAAGCAUGUGGGACAUUAUCACAAAGAUCCAAAGGGAAUGUGUCCAGUAGUAACGAAUGGGAGAAAGCCUGUGAAAGUCACCACACACCAGAGAGAUAUCAGGGAAACCAGGCACAGGAGAAAGUGGAUGAACCCAUUAAUUUUCAAGGAACUCACAGGGAACUCAAAGAAACCACAUCCCAGGCAAAAAUCCUCAGGGUAGAGAGAGAGAAUACAUGUAGCGAGUGUGGGAAAAACUUCAGAUACCGCUCAGCCCUCAUUCAGCAUAAGAUCAUGCACACAAAAGGCAGAUCCUAUGAAUGCUUCACUCAGAGCACAGUCCUAAUUACACAUCAGAAAAUACAGGGAGGAGAGAAACCCUAUCAAUGCUGUGAGAGUGGGAAAAGCUUCACUAACAACUCAGCGCUUAUAACCCAUCAGAGAAUCCACACAGGUGAGAAACCCCAUCAGUGCAGUGACUGUGGGAAAAGCUUCUCGCGGCGCUCAGUGCUUGUUAUCCACCAGAGAAUCCACACAGGUGAGAAACCCUAUCAGUGCUGUAAGUGUGGGAAAAGCUUCACUAAUAGCUCAACGCUUAUUACUCAUCAGAGAAUACACACAGGUGAGAAACCCUAUCAAUGCUGCAAAUGUGGGAAAAGCUUCACUCGGAGCUCACACCUUGCUAUACAUCAGAAAAUCCAUAUGAAAGAGAGACUCCAUGAAUGCAGUGACUGUGGCAAAAGGUUCACUCAGCGAUCACACCUUACUACACAUCAGAAAAUACACAGAGAGAGACCCUAUGAAUGCAGUGAGUGUGGGAAAAGCUUCACUCACAACUCAAAACUUAUUGCACAUCAGAGACUCCACACAGGUGAGAGACCCUAUGGAUGCAGUGACUGUGGAAAAAGGUUCACUCAGCACUCAGUCCUUAUUAAGCAUCAGAAAAUACACAGAGGAGAGAGACCGUAUGAAUGUGGUGAGUGUGGGAAAAGGUUCACUCAGCGCUCAGAACUUACUAUGCAUCAGAGAAUCCACACAGGUGAGAAACGGUAUGCAUGCUGUGAGUGUGGAAAAAGCUUCACUCAGAGCUCAAACCUUACUGCACAUCGGAGAAUCCACACAGGAGAGAGGCCCUAUGAAUGCUGUGAGUGUGGGAAAAGGUUCACUCAACAGUCACACCUUACUACACAUCAGAAAAUACACAGAGGAGAGAGACCCUAUGAAUGUGGUGAGUGUGGGAAAAGGUUCACUCAGCGCUCAGACCUUACUAUGCAUCAGAGAAUCCACACAGGAAUGGUCACUGGAUGUCUUUGA